AAUAGAGAAUGGAGACUAACUAAAAUACAACAUCUACCACAAAUAAGAUUAGGAAGCUGACUAAUAAUGAAACACUACCAAAUACUACCACAAGUAAUACUAUUAUUAUUGUCUAACAUCCCCCCUCAAGCUGAACUCUGGCUGAAGCAAGAGGAAGCUUGGACACUAGCUCGAAACUGGAAACUUUGAAAGGAGAGAAAUUUGACGUGCGCCGGUGGCUGCUGACGUCGUUGGAGAAGAGAGAAGUCUGACGUGCUCCAGGGGCUGCUGACGUUGUUGGAGAAGAGAGAAUUCUGACAUGCACUUGCAAGAAGAUGAAGCGAGAUAAAGCCCAGCAGAAAGAGGAAAAUGGUCAGACUUCUGGGAAGAAAAAGGAGAAAGACACAGAAGCCAUUGCAAAUGUAGAUGAUUUAUUCUUUGUGUGCGAUGACAUUAACUUUGAUGUUCCUUUUCAGGAUUGCACCUGGAUUAUUGAUUUAGGUGCCUCAUGUCAUCCCACGCCUCAUCAGAAGUUCUUUUCAUCUUACACUAGCGAUGAUUUUGGCUCUGUAAAGAUGGGAAAGGGUGACAAAUCAUCUAAGAUUAUUGGGAUGAACACUGUUUUUUUGAAGACUAACACUAGUUGCAGGUUGAGCCUCAAAGAUGCCAGACAUGUUCCAGAGUUUCAGUUCAACCUCAUUUCAGCUGGAGGACUUGAUGAGGAUGGUUAUGCUAGCCGCCUUGGUGAAGGAAAGUGGAAGCUCACCAAAGGUUCUUUGAUCGUAGCCCGAGGUAAGAAAGAGAACAUGAUUUACGUGAUGCAAGCAAAGAUGUGCAGAGGAGAUCGGAAUAUUGUUCCCUCCACGGAGGCAUCGACCAAGAGGCUGGGUCACAUGCUUAAGAGUUGUCAGAUCGAGUAUCCUCCCUGAAGGUGAUAUUCCUUUUCCUACCAUUCAAUCAGAUCAUGGGGGAGAAGAUGGAGAACAAUGUUGUGGUGAUUAUCUUGCUCGUGAUGGUGAUGUACUUGUAUUCAUUUAUUUUAGAGUUGGAGUGGAAUUAAAAAAUAAAAUUAUAUUUUAAAAAACGGAAUCAAAAGUGUUAUGAAAGAAAAUUUGACAUGACUA